AUGGAGAGGUUCAGCACCCAAAGUACAGGGCAAGUCAUCUAUCGUGGCUAUACUCGAUCAUCCACUGUCUGUUUGGGCCCUAUACCCGGCCCAACCGCAUCGCUUCCCCCGUCCGUGUGCACAAUCACUUCUGUCGUGCGCAGUAUUCUCUACGCGUUGUUCGUUCGCUUUCGCGGCGACGAUGCCAACGUUGAGCUCAACACUGUAGAACAUGUCAAUUCCGUGCUGGGUCUCGAAGAAGACGGGUCAACAUACCAGUUCCAUAUGAAGAAGUCAGCGUCUCUGGGCCACAGAAUCUGA